AUUUUCCAUAAUUUGUUAAUUAAAAUCGACAAUCGUGUACCUGCAACAAUCAUUAGGUGGUUUGUUUUAGACAUUGAAAAUGUUGCUAAUUUUGCGUAUUAUUUUCUUAAUAUGUCUUGCUUUGGUUAGUGAUUGCUUUGCUGACAAUUCUAUAGUUGUUAACUCGCAAUCCAACUCCUAUUUGCGGAACAAGGAAAUUGAGAAUGAAGAAUGUACCUGGGAUGCUCCGGACAAUGUGCUUUCCGUAUCGAUUGGUCCAUGUCUCGACUCACCCGGCUGCCUUAUGCCUGAUUGCUGUGGCUUUACCAGUGGCAGACUCACAAAUAUUUCUAUAAUUUAUGUUGCGCCCAUUGACAUGGUAGAAGCUACGACACAUGGUUACAUAGUUGGAGCUUCUGUUGGAGAUAUGUCAAAUCCAUUGAUUCACGUGCCGAUACCGACUACCCAAGUACCAAAUUUAGCUGUCACUUAUGACUACGAAUCUUGUAACUGGACACCAUGUCCGCAAAAGGCUGGGAAAGUGUACAGAUUCGAUGGCUUGUUCACCAUUCCCACUACAGCUCUCACAACAUUGGUCGUAAAUGCAAAUUUUGUGGCUCAAAUUAAAUCGAAUGCACCUGGCAAUCCGAUAUUGUUUUGUAGACGAAUAUAUGCACGAAUUUUGAACCCAGAGAUUGCGAGGAGUGUUACUGCUGUUCUCACCAAUCCGUUGCUCGGCGUAACUUUACUCGGUUAAUUGAAUUGAUUAAACAGCACCUCUUGCAGUAAUUUUUGUUUUUACUUGAAAUUCUUAGAGCCAUUGGAAGAAUAAUAGAGAAGUUGCGAUGUUCACUUACAAUUACAAGUUGACGUGAAACGUG